ACUUUAUGAAAAAAUCAAUUGACGUUAGGUAAAAAUUUGUUUAGACUAUUUUUGUCUACCAGCAGACAACUCUGACUAAAUUUUUAAUCUUAUUUACUGCAACUAACUAUUAAUAAACUAAUAAAAUCCUAAUUUACAAUAUAGAUCUACAGUAAAUGAAUAUAAAAGUCUGGUAGUACCGUAAAUAGUACAUCAAGAUAAGGGUAUAAUAGUAAACAACCAUCGUACUCGCUUCAUCUUUUAUUUUACUCUAAAAUCUCUUUCUGAAGAAAACAACAAAGCAAAGCGUUGAAGAGAGAAGAAGAAGCAAAGAUAUAACCCCCAAAAGUAUCAAUUAGUUUCCAUUUUCGCCGCUAAGAUUCUGUUUUCGAACAUUUACACCCUCAAGAAUCGCCGCCAUGUGUGGAGGAGCUAUAAUAUCCGAUUUCAUUCCACCGCCGAGGUCUCGCCGUGUUACUAGCGAGUUUAUUUGGCCGGAUCUGAAGAAGAAUUUGAAAGGAUCGAAGAAAAGCUCGAAGAAUCGUUCGAAUUUCUUCGAUUUUGACGCUGAGUUCGAAGCUGAUUUCCAAGGUUUCAAAGAUGAUUCGUCUAUCGAUUGCGAUGAUGAUUUCGACGUCGGUGAUGUUUUCGCCGAUGUGAAACCAUUCGUUUUCACUUCGACUCCAAAACCCGCCGUCUCCGCCGCUGCGGAAGGUUCAGUUUUUGGUAAGAAAGUUACUGGCUUGGAUGGGGACGCUGAGAAAUCUGCAAAUAGGAAGAGGAAGAAUCAGUACCGAGGGAUUAGGCAACGUCCUUGGGGAAAAUGGGCUGCUGAGAUACGUGAUCCAAGGGAAGGUGCUAGAAUCUGGCUUGGAACGUUCAAGACAGCUGAGGAAGCUGCUAGAGCUUACGAUGCUGCAGCGCGGAGAAUCCGUGGAUCUAAAGCUAAGGUGAAUUUCCCUGAAGAAAACAUGAAGGCUAAUUCUCAGAAACGCUCUGUGAAGGCUAAUCUUCAGAAACCAGUGGCUAAACCUAACCCUAACCCAAGUCCAGCUUUGGUUCAGAACUCGAACAUCUCCUUUGAAAAUAUGUGUUUCAUGGAGGAGAAACACCAAGUGAGCAACAACAACAACAACCAGUUUGGGAUGACAAACUCCGUUGAUGCUGGAUGUAAUGGGUAUCAGUAUUUCAGCUCUGACCAGGGUAGUAAUUCUUUCGAUUGUUCGGAGUUUGGUUGGAGCGAUCAAGCUCCGAUAACUCCCGACAUCUCUUCUGCGGUUAUCAACAACAACAACUCAGCUCUGUUCUUUGAGGAAGCCAAUCCAGCUAAGAAGCUCAAGUCUAUGGAUUUCGAGACACCUUACAACAACACUGAAUGGGACGCUUCACUGGAUUUCCUCAACGAAGAUGCUGUAACGACUCAGGACAAUGGUGCAAACCCUAUGGACCUAUGGAGUAUUGAUGAAAUUCAUUCCAUGAUUGGAGGAGUCUUCUGAAGAGAUCCAGUUUCAUGUAAAUAAGGCUGCAUGUUUGUGAGUUUCCCGCAUCGUUCGUUUAUCAACCUCCAAAACUUUCUAAUGUCUGUUACUUGCAUCUUCUUCUGCUGUCUCUGUCUGUCUCUCUCAGGAGUUCCUGUUUGCAUUGCGAGAAGCCAUGAGCCUCUAUCUUGAGGGUAGUUGUGAUGAAGUUAAGUAGAGGCUUAUUUUUAGGGGUUGUGGUAGUUUUUGUUUUAGUGAAUCUUUUGAAUUCGUUUGUGUUUUGUUUUUGUUACUUUAUGCCCCAAAACUCCUUUAACAUUUGUCAUAAUGUGUUUGAACCUCUCAUCUGUUUAAUCAAAUAAAUCUUCUUUGUAUGCUACUAAGAGUAUGUGAGAACUGUUGAACAUAACAAAGAAGUCACAAGCUAAGUUUGAACCAAACCGGUUCUCG